ACGACAUUUAAACAGAGAACUAUGUUACUGACGCAUCGACUAUGCCUAUUAAUAUUACUUUCGACUACAGCUGUAAUAGGCACAUCCACUGUGAGCCCCAUCUCAAGCUUGACAACGCAACCAGGUUUAUCUAGCACAGAUUCAACCGAUAACCUGACAGACAGCUCAGUCAUUGCUACCUCUGCUGCUACUGUUGCGGCAACAAGCUUUCCAUCUGAGAAUAUAACUGUAGCAUUCACGCACAAUGCUACAACCCCACUGCUGUCGACGGAUGCUGGUAAUGUCACAUCUGCAUCAAGCAACGUGACAAGCUCAUCUACAGUUGCACCACACAAUACCACCAGUUCAUCAGUGAGUACACCAGGAAAUGCCACAGCUUCACCUGCACCUGUGACAACAGCAACAGCAGCCAACUCUACAAGUCCACUUGUCCCUACACCACAGAAUGCUACAGAACAUCCUUUAACUUCACCUGGCAACACCACAACUACUCCUUCACCUGAGCCAGGCAACAGCACAACACCACCCCAAACUACAAGUGCCAAUGACACUACUCCUCCCAUUAGCACACCAAGCAACAGCACAGCUUCCCCAAUUACAACACCAAGCAAUGUCACAAUUACCGCACAGACCACGUCAGGUAAUGCUACAACAGCAAAUAAUGUCACAACUCCACAUUUAACCACAGCUGUUUCAAAUAUAACUACACCGGGGAAUAAUGCAACAGUAAAUGCCACCAUACCACCCCUGACUACACCAGUAAAUGCAACUACACCACUUCCAACUACACCAGGGAACAAUGCAACAAUAAAUGUUGCCACACCACCCAUGACUACAUCAGUAAACAAUGUAACAGCAAAUACCACAUCCCCGCUCAUGACUACUCCUGUAAAUGCUACCACACCACCCCUAACUACUCCGGGAAACAAUGUAACAGUAAAUGCCACCACACCACCCAUGACUACACCAGUAAAUGCUACUACACCACCCAUAACUACGCCAGGAAAUAAUGUAACAGUAAAUGCCACCACACCACCCAUGACUACUCCAGUAAAUGCUACUACACCACCCCUAACUACUCCAGGAAACAAUGUAACAGUAAACGCUACAACACCACCCACGACUACUUCUGUAAAUAAUGUAACAGUAAACGCCACCACACCACCCAUGACUACUCCUGUAAAUUUAACUACGCCUGAAAUGCUAUGUAACAGUAAUGUAACAGUAAACGCCACCACACCACCCAUGACUACUCCUGUAAAUGCUACUACACCACCCUUAACUACGCCAGGAAAUAAUGUAACAGUAAACGCCACCACACCACCCAUGACUACUCCAGUAAAUGUUACUACACCACCCUUAACUACACCAGGGAAUAAUGUAACAGUAAAUGCCACCACACCACCCAUGACUACUCCUGUAAAUGCUACUACACCACCCUUAACUACUCCAGGAAACAAUGUAACAGUAAAUGCCACCACACCACCCAUCACUACUCCUGUAAAUGCUACCACUCCGCCUCUAACUACACCAGUGAACAACGUAACAGCAAAUGCCACAACACCACCCAUGACAACACCAGUAAAUGCGACUACACCACCCUUAACUACACCAGGGAGCAAUGUAACAGUAAACGCUACCACACCGCCCAUCACUACUCCCGUAAGUGCUACCACUCCACCUCUAACUACACCAGUGAACAAUAUAACAGCAAAUGCCACCACACCACCCAUAACUACACCAGGAAAUGCUACUACACCAUCUCUAACUACACCAGGGAAUAAUGUAACAGUAAACGCUACCACACCACCCACCACUACUCCCACAAACGCUACUACACCACCCAUAGUUACACCAGGAAACACUACAACAGGGAAUGCUACCACACCACCUCAGUCUACACCAGGAAAUGCUACUACACCACCCGUAACCAACUCAACGGCUGGAACCACUGUCUCUACUACUAACCCAACUAACACUACAACCACACCAGCUACCUGUCCUGCAGUGCCCUGUCCACCACUCAGUUUCUGCGUGAACUCCAUCUGUCAGUGUGUGGCAGGAACUAUUUUUUCAAAUAAUGCCUGUGUGGAAACUAAAACCUUCCCUAGUACACUGCGGGUGAACCGCACUUUUGUAGAUGCUAUGAACAAUCCACAGUCACCUGAAUUCCAGGCAAUUGCUGAAGAGAUCAUUAAUGCGGUAAAUGAAGCUCUGCGUACCCAGUCAGGCUACGUUGACAGCACAGUAAUCAGGUUGAUGCCUGGCAGUGUAAUCGCCACAGUAAACAGUUUUUUUGGGCCCAGUUCUCCAGUUACACAGGAAUCGGUUAAUUCUGCCAUGGAUACUGCUAUAAGGAACUGUGGGGCGUCAAACUGUGGCAUUCUUGCUAAUGCUGAUUAUGUUGCAACCAAUCUGUGUCAGCAAGAUCCUCUUCCUUGUGAUAUUAACACUACAGUCUGUGAUGCCAAAGAUGGGACACCUGCCUGUACCUGCAAACCCGGCCAUAUAUCUAGCCCUUACCAGGCCAGAAGCUGUACAAUUUGCCCUAGUGGUUACAAAGCGCAGGAGGACACAUGUGUUCAAUGUCCAUUUGGCUAUUCUGGAUUCAACUGUAAUGACUCCUCUUUGUUGGCUCUCGUGGUAGUGGCGUGUGUGUUAGGGGGAAUUCUGCUCAUUCUGAUUUUGGCUCUUCUCAUCUAUAUCUGUGUGACUCGUAGCAAGAAGGAGUCGGGCAACAAUUAUUACAACAGCCCGUACCCUGCUGAGGAGUUCCAGAGGACGUGGCCCUCGCAGGACGUCACCCAUAUUCCCCGCGCCAAUCUGACAUCUAGUUCCAGCAUUGAUGCCACUGGCAACAGUCUAGAGAUGUCUGAAGGGCUAGGCAAGAAAGGCCACAGUAAUGGAUUGAAGAUUGGAGGAAAGUCGGGCUCAUACGACCUCAGAACAGAUGGCAUGAGAACCUUUAAGGAUUUAAACCCCACACGCUACUCUUAUCUGGUGGGUCAUGAAAACCCCUACUUCAUACAAGGAGAUGAAAAGAGAUGAGGAAAACAACAGAGAAAGACAGUGAGACGUAAGAGGACAAGAAAAGAGUGCAAUAGCAACAUGAAUUAUAAAAAGGCCUUGGAUCAAAAUGUAUUAGGAACGUUAAAACCAUACAGCUGAUCACAGACUCAAACAGCAUUUUUUUUCAUAUAUAUGAAUUUUACAGUUUUUAUUCCAAAUCCCUUUAACCCAGGAUAAAAUGUUCACUUCUUAAAAGUGCAUUGAUGAUUGGGUUUCUUCUACGAUAAGCGUGUGCUUGACCACUCAUCUGUUGAUAUCUGUAUUUUCUUAUUUUUUGUCUGCAUAUUUCAUAUACAGUGUUGCUAUCUGGCAGAGAUAACAUGCAUGUUACUUUGGUUUUUUAACUCAAAAUACGUUAUCAUAAAGGAUCUAAUAUUAAACCGUAUUUUGGCAUAUUUUAUGUAACUGUAUCUGUGGAAGCAAUAAGGGCAGAAUAAACAAAGUGAUCCAGUAGUUCUGAUCUAAGCAAUAUUCUGACAGUAACUGCACUUUGUAGGAGAGAGCAUGUCAUGUCUUAUAUCUAUGUGUGUGUGUGUGUGUGUGUGUGUGUGUGUGUGUUUUAAGUUUUAUCUAUCAGAAAGACAAAACUGGUACAUUCAGUUAUGAAAUUGUGGUUGAUAUCUUCUCCAAAGACUUAAUUUAUUUUACGCCAGGACAAUGCAUGCCACCAGAAAUUGAUCUCUGUGCCUGACUGUGAUGUUGUCUUCUGAAUAGGAGAAUUAUGCAAUGAUGAGGAGUAAACAACAAUGUCUCCUCUGUAGUCGUGCCAAUAAUUAUAUUUAUGUCAAUCUAAACAUGACAUUGUUUACUCAGCUGUCUGUUUGCUUCAUAUAUAUAUAUAUAUAUAUAUAUAUAUA